AUGCCAGGAUUUCAAUUGAAGCAGCCCCAGCAUCGUGAACUCUCUGGUGGAGACCUCCUAGCACAAUGCCUGAAGCAGUUAGGUGUCGACACUGCAUUCGGCAUCCAUGGAGGACAUCUUGACGCUUUCCUCAUGGGCUGCGAUCACAGCGGAAUUAGACUCGUUGAUACUCGACACGAAACAGUAGCUGUUCAAGCAGCGGAGGGCUACGCCAAAGUCAAAGGCAAGGUGGGAGUGUGCUUCGUCACGGCGAACAGCGGGUUUUCGAAUUCUCUCCCAGGCUUAGCAACAGCAAUCGCAGACCGAAGCCCAAUUUUCGUAAUUACAAGCUCACCACCACUUCGAGAUGCGGAGACGAAUUGUCUUCAAGGUUUCCUUGAUCAAGUCGUCGUUUCAAAGCCUCUAACCAAGUUCUCGCACCGUGUCACACACCCAGAAGAGAUUCCAAGACUCGUUUCUCAUGCAUACAGGACUGCCAAUUCUGGCACGCCAGGUCCUGUGAUGAUUGACUUUCCGAUCGAGAUCUUGUUCAGUCCUGUCAGACAAGAGAGUAUCUCAUGGGGCUCAAUCAGUUCACCGCAAGCAUAUCCGCCAUCCCCAAGUCCUCGAGCCGUCACCGAAGCACUUGCUUUGUGGAAAGCAGCCAAAAGACCUGCCAUUGUUAUCAGCACGGGAUGUCGCGGGGCUGAAGCCAGUAAAUCGCUCCUGGAACUGGCCGAGGCCACACAAACGCCAAUUUUUCAGAGCAUGAAAGGAUUUGGUCCAUUGCUGUUGGAUCAUCCACUCCACGCUGGACUUGCAGGAAAUCUAGCCAAGCUACCAUAUGUGGGCAAACCGCGACCAGAUCUAAUCUUCAUGCUUGGCGCGCGGACUGGGAUGUUCAUGGGAGGUCGCUCUGGGAUCAUCAUCCCAGAACGUGAGUGUAAACUCAUCCAAAUCGACAUCGAUGGCUCAGAGAUUGGCAGGUCAUGUCAUGUAGACGUUGGUAUCGUAUCCGACAUGACUGAAGCCUUGCAAUCGUUCAACGCUGCUGUGAAGUCUGAUCCUUUUCAAACACCAGAGGAAUGGGUUGAACUGGCAACCAGCCUGAAGCACACUCCUUCUGCAUCAGAUAAAGACCAGAAGCUCAUCAACAGCAAGAUGCAUCCAUAUCAUGCUCUCAAAGCCGUCCUUUCUGCCCUAGAACCUGGCUGCAUCCUCUCCAUCGACGGCGGAGAAGCGGGAAGCUGGACCACAGAUCUCCUCGAAGUUGCUCAACCAUCCUCGUCAUUCUUCUCAGCUGGUUAUCUUGGCAUGCUAGGAAAUGGAUUCGGUUACUCCCUUGGAGCGGCUGUAGCAGAUCCUACGAGACAGAUCAUCAAUAUUCAAGGUGAUGGAAGCGCUGGCUUCCACUUCUCAGAGUUGGAUACUUAUGCGCGACAUAAGCUCAACAUCUUGACCGUGGUAGUCAACAAUUACGUGUGGGGAAUGUCGAUUCAUGGUCAAGAAUUGGUGUAUGGGGACAAGAACCCAGCUCGCCCUGUCAGCACUUUGAGUGCCACGACGAGGUACGACGUUAUUGCAGGAGGUUUUGGGAAUGAGAGUGCAAUGAUUGACAAGUUGGAGGAUAUCGAGGCCACAGUGAAGAGGUUCAGUGAAGUCAAAGGUCCUGCCUGCAUCAACCUCAUCGUUUCUGACAAGCCAACACAUUCAGGGACUGUGGCAAUGGUGAGCCCGACGGAUGAUCCAAACAUGAUUGUGGUGCCGUAUUAUGAUAAUAUUCCCAGGCCAUAUUACAAGUAGAAGCUGGCUUGUCGAAGUCUCUUCCACUGUUGAUAUGUCCACAUGCAGCCGUGAUUUUUCAUAACGGCGGAUGGAUUUCAAGCUGAUGACGGUGUGGAGGAACGAGAACGUAUACGGAGCGCGAGAAAUCCUGAAUGAGUUGCCGGAGAGCUGUGAUGAAUGAAGAAGUGAAGUUUGUGGAUUGAAGGGCGACAUGAACUUCAAAGA